AUGCUCCCGAACCGCAAUUAUAACACUGACUUUGUCAAACAGAAUUUCCUUGACUGGGGCCGGAAGACUUUUACGCCUGAGAGGUGGGAUAGCAGUAAUUCCUGGAUUAUAUUCCUAAGAAAUGAGACUCAGCUGGAUAUCCUGGUCUUUGUCAAUGCUGGUACAUCAGAAGUUUUCUAUGAUAAUAUCAUAAAGUUUACAGAGAACUUAAAGAAAAAGGAUAAUAAGGUUGAAGUGCUUGAAACUCCUAAUACAGUCCAUGUUCCUUAUCGGCUGGGUAAGAAUUGGAACCUGGAAGACGCUCAGGCUAUUUUCUUGGCAACAAUGACUAAAUUCCUUGAGAAGACCGGUGCUUAA